GAGAUUUCAAUGCCAAGGUUGGAAUGGACAACACUGGAUAUGAAGAAAUCAUGGGACGACACCGACCUUCUCGGUGCUUACAACCUACUUGUAGGUAUGGUGAAAAAGAAACUAAUCGACAAAAACACAAGCUUACAGGUCAGCCGCACAACUAUCUCCAAUUACGAAAUUCAUGGAGUCCGCAUGUUAAGACCUGAAAACAAAAUUUUCACCGAUAUCCUGUCGAAGUAUGAAAGUAUAACCAGAGCUGAUUACCAACAGUUCAUGUUCAACACAGUAUCACUACUACAGGACCACCCAUUCGCGCCAGGGCGAGAAGACUCCCUCCAAACAAGUUGCCGUUCGCUAAGAGAGAAUUCGAACACAUGAUGCAACUUGGGAUAAUCAGACAAUCUAACAGUCCUUGGGCCUCGCCGCUGCAUAUGGUUCCCAAGAAAGAUCAAGACUGCCGCCCAUGUGGAGGUUAUCGCCGAUUGAAUAACCAGACUAUCCCAGACAGGUAUCCGACCCCUCAUCUGCAUGAUUUUUCUUUAAAUCCACACGGAAAACAGAUCUUUUCAAAGUUAGAUCUAGUCCGAGCAUACCAUCAAGUACCGAUGGCACCUGAGGAUAUCGAAAAAACUGCCGUAAUCACACAUUUUGACUUGUUUUAAUUCUUGAGGAUGCCUUUCGGACUAAAAAAACGCCGCUCAAACCUUUCAGAGAUUUAUGGACAAGGUAACUAGAGUUUUGGAUUUUGUAUUUGUCUUUAUCGACGAUGUUUUAAUCGCUAGUUCUUUUACUGAAGAACAUGUUCAGCACUUACAAACGCUUUUCGAACUUUUCAAAAGUUAUGGUGUUGUAAUCAACCCUUCGAAGUGUAUAUUUGGCGCCUCAUCUCUGGAAUUCCUGGGACAUCACAUUGAUUCUCAAGGAAUUGAACCGCUUGACGAAAAAGUAGAAGCCAUCACCAGCUACCCAGAACCAACCUCAGUAAAAUCACUACAUCGUCUUCUUGGAACAUGUAAUUUUUAUCGACGAUUUCUACCAAAUUAUGCCGAUGUACUACAGCCGUUGACAGAUUUACUGAAGAACGAUAAAUCAGGUACCAAGAAAGAAAAGAACCAAAUAUUCAAGUUACCUUCUGAUGCCAAAGUAGCAUUUGAAAAAGCUAAAUCCAUGAUUGCCAACGCUACCAUGCCCCAGCACCUAAAUACUGACCUCACAACACUGUUGAUCCUAUGCACGGAUGCUUCACAAAAAGCCGUCGGGGCAGUAUUACAACAGCGGGUAAACAACACGAUUACCCCCAUUGCUUUUUUCUCCAAGGGAUUAUCACCAGCACAAGAACGUUAUAGUACUUUUGGACGCGAACUUCUAGCUAUGUAUUUAGCCGUAAAACAUUUCAACUUCUUGCUACAGGGUCGUAGUUUCAUCAUUAUGACAGGUCAUAAACCCCUUUGCCAUUCUUUUAGCACAUCGUAUGACAAACACUCCCCACGAGAAGCAAGACAACUUGAUUAUAUCUCCCAAUUUACCACAGACAUCAGGUUUAUCAAAGGUCACACAAACAUUGUCGCAGAUGCACUAUCUAGGAGGGAUAUCAAUACAAUGGUACUCAAUCAUGACACCAGCCUUGAAACCUUGGCUAAACUUCAAGUAGACGAUGCAGAAUUGAAAGUCUGCAAAGAAAAGUCUGGCUUUAAUCUCAAACCCGUACCAAUUCCUCUUUCAGAUGCAUUCAUAAUGUGCGACACCUCGACAGGCAACAAUCGUCCGUUUGUCCCAUACGCUUGCCAACGAAAAAUAUUUCAGCAUUUACAUGGUCUUUCACAUCCAGGCAUCAGAGCAACAGCAAAGCUCAUUACCGAACGUUUUGUGUGGCCUAAAAUCAACUCGGAUGUUAAACGUUGGACACGUAGCUGCCUCCAAUGCCAACGAAGUAAGACGCAAAAACACACCUACAGUCCGAUUGGGAAGUUCCCUAUCCCUGACAAGCGCUUCCAGCACGUGCAUUUAGAUUUAGUUGGGCCUCUGCCACCAUCAAACUCUUUCACACAUAUCCUCACCGCAAUAGAUAGGUUCACAAGAUGGGCCAUAGCAUGCCCCAUUAAAGACACAUCGGCAGAGACAGUGGCUUCAGUUUUCCUCGACCGCUGGAUAUCCAACUAUGGCGUACCAUCAACAAUCACAACAGAUCGCGGUCCCCAAUUCCAUUCCGUCCUAUUUCACGAGUUCACUAAACUUCUUGGAGUAAAUCAUGUCAAAACGACAGCUUACCACCCAGCAGCUAAUGGCAUGGUCGAAAGAUUCCAUCGCCAACUAAAAAGCUCUCUGAUGGCACAACCGGACUCUUCAAAAUGGAGCGAUGCUUUACCGCUCGUUCUCCUUGGGAUUCGCUCGUCAGUAAAAGAAGACAUCGGAUGCACGGCCUCUGAACUAGUCUAUGGCACGACAUUAACGUUACCAGGACAACUGGUCAAGAAUGAACUCACAACGCCAGGAGACCCUUCUCGUUUCGUAAGCAGAUUACUACAAAUGAUACAGAACAUCAGAGCAAUACCACCUCGAGAACACAACAACCGAGUCCAUCUCGACAAACAUUAAGAAACGUGCAAAUUUGUUUUUGUUCGCGUAGACGCGGUGAAAAAGCCACUGACGCCACCAUAUGAAGGCCCUUAUAAAGUAAUUAAACACACUCACAAAUAUUUCAUUAUCAACAAAAAUGGGAACAAUGAGACAAUUUCCAUAGACCGAAUAAAACCAGCUUUCUACAAAUUCCCUCAAAACACAGAAGACAAUACCGCGAACAAACAAUCUCAUCAAUUGCUAAGAUACAAGAAGAAGAGGAGACUUAUUAAAAAACCAAAGCGUUAAGUACAUUUUGCCGUAUAGAAAACUAAAACAAUCAAAGCAAACAAUUAUCGAUGACCUGCACUAUCAAUUCCACCCAAAUAUUCAUGUAUAUUAGAGUAA